UUGUGACUGCAUGAACUUCAGCAAGAAAAUGAAAAGUUCUGGGAGAAGGUGAAGGAUCUGGAAAAAUGUUCCUGAUGCAGUAAUUUAUAUAUCUUUGAUACCAGAAUCAUUUCCUGAAAAAGACCUAAAGCAUUUGUGUGAAAUUGACCUCCCAUAACUCUGGCAAUACAGUUUUUAUAGUAACGAAGAGCAUUGGAAAUUUGUGAACCGAAAGCAAAGCAAAGAAGAGGAAACCAAAAUCACUGGCAUUAUAUACAUGUGAACCGACAUCUCCAGAGCACACAGUCUCUCAAAGAUGCAUUUAUUGGUAAUCAUUAGGAGUCAUUGCACACUCUUCUUGGUGUUGUAUGUGGCACACUUCAUACCUAGGAGUCAUGGCCAAGCUGCUUUAGAUUUCAUGGACAUGGAAAGCACUACACUUAGUCCUCCACAAGAGACUUCUGCACCAUGCAAAGGGGAUCGUGAUUGUGAAGCACUGACACAGGAGUUCGAUCCUGACACAAAAUUCACAGGUUUUUGCACUUCUCCUCCAUAUGUUCCAUUUGCAACACUGAAAGAUGAUUUUUUGGAACAAACUGUUUUCCCUAAGGAUUCCAUUGUAAGUUAUGAAUGCCAACCUGGCUAUGAACAUGUACCUGGAACCAAUAGAUUUGUAGCGUGUGUGGAUGACGGAAAGUGGUCUCCUCCUGAUACAUUUUGUAAACCAACUUUCUGUGGUCCUCCCCCACGACUUGAAUAUGGAAUACCCAGAGAAGAAUAUUUGGAAAAAACUGUAUUUCCUAAGGGUACUGAGAUUAAGUACGUUUGCCGACUUGGUUAUGUUCGUAUUCCUUCCAGUAGCUCAGUUGUAACAUGCAUGGCUGAUAGCACGUGGUCUUCACCAAGAACAUUUUGUAAACCUCGAUCCUGUGGUAACCCUGGAGAUGUGGAUAAUGGUAUGUUGCUGGCCGAAAGCUUUAACUUUGGCGCCAGAGUUACAUAUGCUUGUAAUGUUGGAUACAGGAUGACAUCAAGAAAAAAUUACAGAGAUUGUCAGGAAAAUGGAAGAUGGAGUAAUGAGCUCCCAGAAUGCAUAGCUGUGUCCUGUCCCUCACCAACUGAUAUUGUACUUGGGCAUUAUUAUCCGAAAAAAGCCGACUAUGCUUAUCUUGAUUCUGUUACAUAUAAAUGCAUGAGAAAUCUAGCACUUAUAGGUGAACAGACCAUUUCCUGUACAGAAGAAGGAAUUUGGAGUUCUAAUGCUCCAGAGUGCAAAGCUGUUCAGUGUCCUAAUCCAUAUGUGGAAAACACGACAUAUUUACGAUCUAGGGGCCCAUACACUAUGAAUUCGGUUGUAAGACUUAGCUGCACACAUCAAUACAAAUUGAUUGGAUCUGAUAUAGUGACAUGUAAUCAGAAUAGUGAAUGGGAACCUGAGCUGCCAAAGUGUGUUGGUAUUUGUAGGUCUGUUCCUAAGAUCCCAUUUGCGGAACUUGUUGAACCUACUACUGAGGAAUCUUUUCUCGAAGGCACAACAUUGAAGUUCAGAUGUAUGCAAGGCUAUGAACUUGUUUCUGUUGAAGUGACUACAGUCACAUGUUCAAGGUUGCAAUGGUCGUAUCCUGAUAGGUUCUGUAAACCAAUAACAUGUGUAGAACCAGAACCUGUGCCUUAUGGAAAAAUGUCUGGUUCAUUCUCAUAUAAAGAUCGUAUACAGUAUACUUGUGAAACAGGGUACAUUAUAAAACACAACUACAGAACAUGUCAGUCAGAUCGAUCCUGGAGUUUGCCUAUUCCUGAAUGUGAAGUUCAAACCUGUGCUACCCCUGAAUAUGUAAAUCAUGGUUGGUUUGGUCCUGAAAAGGAAAAAUACCUUUACAAUGAUACUAUAACUUAUGGCUGUCAUGAAGGAUUUCAGCUUGUUGGUCAGGCUUCGACUACCUGUGGCCAUGAUGGAAGAUGGAAUUAUCAGAGACCAGUGUGCAGAGGAAUUUGUGAUAACCCACCUGACCUUCCUUAUGCUCAACUGGAUUCCAGAUUUAAAAAACAAACAACAUUCUUUGCUGGUGACAAAGUACAGUACAACUGUAGACCUGGAUAUAUUCCAAGUUACAUAUUCCCAUCUAGUAUAACUUGUUUGGGGAACUUCACAUGGUCAAAUAUAUAUCGUGAAUUCUGCAAUAGGACAUCUUGUGGAAGUCCUCGAAAGGUAGCAAAAGCCACAUUUGAAGCAAAAGACUUUCUAUUUGAAUCUGAAGCAAUUUAUAAAUGUGAAAAGGGAUUCAAAAUGGUUUCCGAAACUAAAUCUGUCAAAUGUGGAGCAAACGGAAGAUGGAGUGGUCCUUUGCCUAUUUGUGAAGUCCAAAAAUGUUCCCCACCUGAGGAUCUUAAAAACGGAUCAUAUAGCAUUAAGAAAGAUGAGUAUACUUACAAUGAGGCCGUGAUAUACAAGUGUAAUACAUCACAACUUGUUGGAAAAGCUUCAGUAAUCUGUACAGACGAAGGAAAAUGGUCAUCCGGAGCUCCACAGUGCAAAGCGGUCUGCACAUUUCCUCCUCAACUUUACUUUGCCGAAGUGGAAAAAGAGUUUAUCCAACAAGAGUUUUUUGACAUCGGAAAAAUUGUACAAUACAAAUGUCGUCCUGGGUUUGUACCUGUCACUGGCAAGAGUAAUAAAUUUACAUGCCUCAAUGACCUCAAAUGGUCACAGCAUGAGUUAUUUUGCACACGCAUAUCAUGUGGCAAUCCAGGAGAAAUAGAAUACGGUCAGAUGCAAUCUGAAAACUUUCUUUUUGGUUCAAGAGUCAACUAUACUUGUAAUCCAGGAUAUUCAAUCAUAACAAAAAGAAAUUACAGAGAAUGCCAAGCAGAUGGUACAUGGAGUGGCAAACCCCCAGUAUGCAAAGAACCUGUUUGUGAUCACAUCUGGGAACUGCAAGAAGAAGCUCGGAAAUGUACUUCAACUCCAGAUGAAUGGAUUAAAUAUCUGCAGGUGCAGUACCUCUACCUUCAGAUAGAGAACUUGAAGCUGGACAUUGAGAUUAAGAAGAGGCAACUGGAUUCAACUAUUCAAAGCAGUCCCUUAUUACAUAAGUAAAAACAAAGGAACAAAGGAUAAAAAAAAGUUUGUUUGUUCUUGCUUCUUUCUUUUAAAGAUGCCUGAAUGCUUUAAGAUGGUCAAAUAGUCCAUUUCUAACACUUGCUUACUUUAUAAGGAACAUAUAUAAAGCAUAAUAAAUGUGCCUUUAUUCAA